GAAACACCAAACUACCAAACUCCUCUCUGAGCAAGCAUGUUGUGGUGAAGGUACAUAUGCAUACAUGCAAGUAUGGAAACUGAGUGUAACUCCACAACCAGGGUAACCACAGGAGUGAUCAGCAACUCCACAGUUGGAUCAAGGACGUGGAACGUGUGAAAGACAUGCUGCACACGAAAUUAACCGGAUUGGUAUACGACGAGCAAACCGUCAGCAAACAGGUAGCGCACUACGAGAUGGAAGAAGACAAGGACAGGCCGGGACGCUUGAUAUUCAUGCGGCCGCUGUUGAGUGAUCGCCUACUGCGCUAUCAGCCAUGGAACCUCUCCUUUCCCAACGACUUCAGUGCGCUGUGCGAGGAGCGGCAGCCAGAGGCGUCGCAGAUGUUCAGCCUCGCUGCCUCACUGUACGCCGCCUAUCGUGUCUACUGGGACGCUGCAGCUGAGUACAUCGAUUUAUUAUACGAAGAUGAAUUCAAGACUGUAGGUGAAGAGUGGCAGCUGCAGCUGGAGGACAGAAGCAGCGCUACACUCUCUGUGGACAUUGACUGCGUGCAGCUGUUGACGAACGCCGUGGACCACCCCACGUGUCCGCUGGAAGACCUGCCUCUGGAGGCCGUUAAGCAGCGCGAGCAGUCCGCGUGCAGCUGUGGGACGACGUGGUGCAGAGGUCGCCCCACAUACCUGUGA